CUGUUCUUCCACCCAUACACCAUGAGCAACGAGUACGCCUUCCGGAAGAUCGACAUCGACGCGCUCGAGGAGGAGAUUCUUCUCCCAUCCGACCUGUAUGAGCCCGACCCGCGCGGGCCAGAUGGCGCGUACGCCGAGUCCCAACAGCGCAGCCAGGAGUGCCGGAAUCUUGUGUCGAAGGGCGACAUUGGGGGCGCAUUGUCGACGAUCCUGACGAACCCGCCAUAUGGCGAGGGUGUGGACCAGGCCAAGGAGUUGACGACGCAAGCUGUGCUCCUGAUCCUUAACUCGACACGCGCGGCUGACAUCCCCAACGCGAUCAAGGGACUUGACCACGAGCAGCAGGCAUACCUCAUGGCCUACCUGUACAAGAACAUGGCCGCGCUGGGCAAAGGUGCCGACAUUCCCGGAUCUGUGCUGCUGACCUGGCAUGAGAAGCUCGUCGAGGUCGCUGGCGUUGGUUGCAUCAACCGCGUGAUGGCCGACCGCCGCACGCUUUAGCUUGAGACGAGCCGUUGUAGACUGUUUACAGGAGCGAUGUAGACGACUAACGCCCG